UAGCUUGCUUACUAAAGUUAAAAGAAAGUUGACGUUAAUUACCUUAAAAACCAAUGCUAGUUACCUACAUUGCUACACAUCUUCCAGAGCCCUACAGUUGACAAAUUUAGCUUGCUAAUGAUGUGAUUCUAACCAUUGUCUGUGUGUUAUUCAGCACGGAACCAGACAAAUGGGAGUUAAGUAUGCAACAGUGGGGUCAUUUGACAACCGGAACCCGAGCGUGUUAAACCAGGAAUCCACACAGUGGCCAGUGAUACAACAGGUUUAAUUUAGCUGUAUACCAGUUAGCUAUGGAUCUGUGUGUAAAAACGGAACCUCACGAGGACAGCGUGUCAGAGAUGGCCACUGGCGCUUGUUCGGACUCCAGUCAAGCUAAAAAUGUGACCUUUGAUCCGCAAUGUCUCAAAACCAAACAGUUUGAUUCUGUGGCCUUCCCUAACUCUGAAAAAGCCGAAACUGAAGGCGAUAGGUUGGGUGACAUCAAAGAUGAAGUGUGCAUGGAUUUACAGUAUAUAGAUAACGAGCAGACGGGACUGGAUCCGACAAAAGGCGAAUACAGUUAUAUGACCGACAUAAGUGAGUCUGGAUCCACAGCCGAGAUGAGAUCUCGGGAUUGUGCUGGGGAACGUAAAGAACCCCAGGACAGCACGGUGAAACGCAACGAAAUUAACAAACCGAGUCAUCGUUACAACUGUAUGAACUGCGGUAAGAAUUUCCUUGGAAAUUGGCUGGAUUGGGAAACGCGAGAACUUCUCCAGAUACGCGCCGAAGAGGAGAUCCAUGCGCGAAUGUCCGGCACUGUCCGAGACGCUGCAGUGUACGCGACAAUUGCGGAGAUGCUGGCAGAGAGGGGCAUCGUGAGGAGUAAGAAGCAGGUGCAAAGCAAGCUGAAGUGGAUGAAAAUCCAAUACAAAAAAAUAACGCACCACAGCAACAAAAAUGGUCGAGAUGGAAAAGAGUGGCCAUUUCUGCACCUAUGCAAUGCCAUUUGGGGCAAUCGGCCACCCACAAAUCCUUCAUCCACCCAGAAUAGCAUGCAAACAUCGAAUCAGUACCCGGGGACACUGACACCACCAUCUCCAGAAAGCCCAGCAGAUCAUGUACCUGUGGAUGAAGAGAUACGGAUCCACUCGCUGCCUGAAGUGGAUGGUAGAGGAAGUGAAGGGGCAAGGCCUCGUGAGAACUGGCCAUUAAUGUCAUCAUCUGGAUCGAAACUAAGAACUUUUGCUUCUGCCGACCCGCCGGAGUUCAGUCCAGCCCCUGAUCUUCGUGAAGUCCAUGAUGAAGGAGACUGUCCUGCAACUGCGACACAUGGCCCAGCCUCCGAGGAAAGACGUGGUGUUGGCGGCCGUCCGCCGAGGAGGAGGGUGAAGAAGACGAAGAUGGAGCAGGCCGCGGGCGUCAUGUGCGGGGUCCUCAUGGACCGGCUGGAGGCCCUGGAGGAGAAGCGGGAGGAGAGGGAAGAGAGGCGCCUUCGCGAGGAGAGAGACUUCCAGCUGCGCUUACACCAGGAGGCGCUGGACAUGCAGCUGCACGUACUGCGGGAGAUGAAGUCAGCCCAGGCCCACUUUCUGCAGCAGCUGCAGCAGCUGCUCGGCAGGUUCUCUCAGCCUCAGCCUCAGACUCAGCAGCAGCCCCAGUAG